AUGGGUCAAGGUGCGUCAACUUACGGUAAAGACAAGAAGAAAAAGGAUAAGCAAAAGCCCAAGUAUGAGCCAUCUGUGCAAUCGAAAAUCGGACGUAAAAGAAGAAAGGGCCCAGCUACGGCUGAGAAACUUCCUAGUGUGUAUCCCAGCACUCGUUGUAGGUUGAAACUACUACGCAUGGAAAGAAUCAAAGAUCAUCUACUUUUGGAAGAAGAGUUUGUGACGAACUCGGAGAUCUUGAAGCCGUUCGAAAAGAAGCAGGAAGAGGAAAAAAAACAGCUGGAGGAAAUCCGUGGUACACCACUGUCCGUAGGAACCUUGGAGGAAAUUAUCGAUGAUGACCACGCUAUCGUGACCAGUCCUACCACACCGGAUUUCUACGUGUCGAUUCUGUCGUUCGUCGAUAAAGAACUGCUGGAGCCAGGCUGUUCUGUUCUUUUGCAUCACAAAACCAUGUCCAUCGUUGGUGUUCUUCAAGACGACACCGAUCCAAUGGUAUCCGUAAUGAAAAUCAACAAAUCGCCAACGGAAAACUACAGUGACAUUGGAGGACUGGAGUCUCAGGUUCAAGAAAUCAAAGAAGCAGUAGAGCUUCCUCUAACACAUCCGGAGCUCUACGAAGAAAUGGGUAUAAAGCCUCCCAAGGGUGUUAUAUUGUAUGGUGCUCCAGGUACGGGUAAGACUUUGUUGGCCAAGGCUGUGGCCAAUCAGACUUCUGCCACAUUUUUGAGAAUCGUGGGCUCGGAGUUGAUACAGAAAUAUCUCGGUGACGGUCCGAGACUUUGUCGACAAAUUUUCAAGGCUGCCGCUGACAAUGCCCCCAGCAUUGUUUUCAUAGACGAGAUUGACGCCAUUGGUACAAAGCGGUACGAGUCCAAUAGUGGUGGUGAGAGAGAGAUUCAAAGAACAAUGUUGGAGUUGCUAAACCAGCUGGACGGUUUUGACGACAGAGGCGACGUGAAGGUUAUAAUGGCUACCAACAGGAUCGAAAGCUUGGAUCCCGCGUUGAUCAGACCAGGCAGAAUCGACAGAAAAAUCCUAUUUGAAAACCCAGAUAUCGGCACUAAACGCAAGAUUCUAACUAUCCACACAUCGAAGAUGAAUUUGGCUCCUGACGUGGACCUCGAAAACCUCGUCACCUCGAAAGACGAUCUUUCAGGAGCCGAUAUCAAGGCCAUGUGCACAGAGGCCGGUCUUCUCGCGCUGCGGGAAAGAAGAAUGCAGGUGACUGCCGAGGACUUCAAACAGGCCAAGGAACGGAUCCUGAAAAACAAGGUCGAGGAAAACCUGGAAAGUCUGUAUUUGUAG